CAAAUUCCUCACCCCCCAACGGCUACAAUAUUCUUUUGAGCCCGGUGAUCUGACGUGUACACCAUUCCUCCUACGUGGCAUCCUCGCUAGCUUGAACCCUCCCUAUAAAAACCACCAUAAUGUUUAGAGUGGCCCUCACCCUCUCACUCACACACUGAGAGCUUUUGGAUAGCGCUCUGUUUCUCUCUGUUCUUGUUUCAUUUUUUUUUUCUCUCGAUUUUCUUUGUAAUGAAUCUACCAAUGGCUUCUUCAAAUGGAGUAAUCUCUGUUCGAAACUUCUGGGUUUUGAUGGGUUUAUGUUUUGCCUUGUCAUCCAUGGCGGGAAUGGUUCAAUCGACACCGAAAUUUGAUGAACUGUUUCAGCCCACUUUUGCUUCUGACCAUUUUAUUUAUGAAGGCGACGAUGUUCUCAAAAUGAAACUGGAUUAUACUUCUGGCGCUGGAUUUCAAUCGAAGAGCAAAUACAUGUUUGGAAAAGUCACGGUUCAGAUUAAGCUUGUGGAGGGUGACUCUGCUGGAACUGUCACCGCUUUCUAUAUGUCAUCUGAUGGCCCAACCCACAAUGAAUUCGAUUUCGAGUUCCUUGGCAACUCUACUGGUGAACCUUAUGUUGUCCAGACUAAUGUGUAUGUCAAUGGAGUUGGAAACAGAGAGCAAAGACUAAACCUCUGGUUUGAUCCCUCUAAGGACUUCCAUAAUUACUCCAUUUAUUGGCAUCCUCGCCAAGUUGUAUUCUUGGUGGAUGAUACACCAGUGAGAGUACAUUCUAACCUGGAGCACAUAGGAAUACCAUUUCCCAAGGAUCAGGCAAUGGGAGUGUAUAGUUCCAUAUGGAAUGCAGAUGAUUGGGCAACACAAGGUGGUAGGGUCAAGACUGAUUGGAGCCAUGCACCAUUUAUAGCCUCUUACAAAGGAUUUCAGAUUGAUGCUUGUGAGUGCCCAGCAACAUUGGCAGCUUCGGAUAAUGUUAAAAAAUGCAGCAGCAGCAAUGAGAAGAAAUACUGGUGGGAUGAACCCACCUUGGGAGAACUCAAUCUGCACCAGAACCACCAGCUGAUUUGGGUUAGGGCUAACCAUAUGAUCUAUGAUUACUGCUCUGACACUGCUAGGUUUCCUGCCACCCCUCUUGAGUGCCAGCACCACCGCCAUCAGUUAAAAUUAAAUUAGUAGCACCGCCGUCCGUCCACCGCCGUCGCCGCCGCGGCAACCAAUAAUCUUGCAAUGUUGUUGUCGUCUUGAUAUUUGUGAAAUUAAUAGGAGGGAUGUUCAAAAUGUUGUUACGUUGUACAAAUUUUGGUGAUGUUUGUUCAUAGAUUUGAACUCCCUCCAUCCCCUAAAAUGUCUUCAGCCUUGUAAGAUAUGAAAAAUCCAAACUUUGUCUUCACUCUUUUGGUUUCAUCAAUUGCUUGUACUUCGAUUUAGCUCCAUUAAUUUACCCAAAUAAUUAUCACUGAAGUAGCACCCCCCAUGCAAAUCUCCA